ACAUAAUUGCUUUCAAGGUAAGAGAUACACGUCCCAUUUCGCUUUACAUAAAUAUACAUAUAUCUGAUGUGAAUACUGUAUAUACUUGUACAUGUAGUAUGCAGGGAUUUGAUUAUAUUUCAAAGGAAAACAACAAAACAAAUAAAACACCGGCAUGGUACGAAAUGAAUUCGUUUAAGAUAAAGCUGCUCUUCCUCGGCCUGACUAUCUCCCUCUGUGAACUAAUUCCCCAGUCAGGGGCCGUUUCCUCUCACUGUGGUCUCCAUGCUUCGAAUCACUUCACCACCACGAGGUGUAACAACACCCACUGUACAAAGUACUACAAAGUUACACACGGACGGUGCCUGAAAAGGAUUUUGCAGUCCGAAAGGAAUAUCUACACUAAAGGAAAACAACUGUUUUUAUCUAAAACUUAUACUAAAAUUAGCAAUAGAGACCUGGAAAUAGCCAAAGAUGACAUGAAAAUAACCAAUAUCGUCAAAGGAGAUACUGAAGACUUUAAAUUCGUUAAAAGAAAUCAGGUUGGAGAUUAUGAUACGAUGCUGCAAAUUCUUGAAGGGAAACUUUCUCGAAGGGACCUACAGCGUUUGACGACAGAUACAGAACAGUAAUUUGUGUAAGUGACAAGGCAUCAUUUACAAAUUCCAAUAUCGAAUUAAGAUGUCGGCGUAUAGGUGUUACUGUGAGUAUAGAGUGAGAGAGGUGGACAAAGACGUAUGUAAAUGGAGAAAUAGAAAGAUCAACUGAUAGAGCCACUUAGACCAAGAAGUUUCUCUCACAGACACAUUUAGUCAACCUUUGCUUAACAAAGUUUUGCUGGGUUUUUUUUUUGUCAAAUAAAAGAGUUUUGUGCAUCAUG